AUGUCAGGCAAUCAGGACACCAAAGAGCGGCUUUCCAAGCGGUCCCUUACACCCAACCGACCUCUUUACGAAUCUUUCAACGAGGCUCAUCGACACAUUGCUCCUGCUACUCCCAAACUCCCCAUCGACGAAGAGUUUUGCAACGAGGAGCAACUUACCCCGGAGCAAGUCGAAGACAUCCUCCACAACUCCAGUACUUCCAGAGAGCUUGAAGAACAUGCCAAAACGAGACAUUCGAAGUUGCCUAUUCCAGAAAAUCAGUCUGGCCAUGAGACCAAGUCAACCAACCUGACAUCUUCUUCUGCCAUCGAGUCUCAGAGUCAGACUAAGGCUACCGACCAUGGCCCUCACGAAUCCAUCUCUCCCUGCGAUUCGGACGACGAGAACGCCUUUGUCGACAGCUCCAUCUCCUCCAUCUACAAGUCCAACUACCAGAUCAACCAGCAAGGUCAUGACGAUAAUCCCUUCGAGGGCCAACAAAAGACAUUCGACCACCUCGAUUCUUCCUCUUUCUAUCCGGAAGAAGGCGCUGACUAUGAACUGCCAUCCACAGAUGAAGAAUUUGCUUAUGACAAGGUCAAGCUCGAGCCCAAUUAUUCCUCUGCUCUUGCAUCCUCUCCCACCCUGCCUCCUCCUGUCGUUUCGGACUCGAAGCAUCCGUCCCCUCAGUUACCCCAGUCGCAUCUUGACGAUGUCAUGAAAAAGGAGGCCACUUCCGGUCACCUCGAUUCCACCUAUCUGUCUGGACAAAACGGAACUCAGUACCCGAUCUUCAUCGACCGAGGUGUUUUACCCCCUCCCUCAAUUCCUGCAGCCCAGCCCUUCCCCGCUAUACAACAUGUUUUUCAGUCUGAGUCCCAGUACGAUGGAGACGUUUCUGAGGUUUCCAAGGACCAGUUUAUUGGCCAGAACAAAGGAAACCCCAAGACACCCAAAGCCUCAGCGAGUCGCUUGAACCCAUUCCAUGCUUUCUCAGCCACCUCGUCCCACACCUCAGACACCAACCCUCAGCCUUCUGAACCAGAGAACAAGAAGGUCUUUCUGCGCCCCCAUGCCGAGAAGGAGGUCUCUCAAGCUCUUCAUCAUGUCACUGGACUUAGUUUGCCCUCCAGUGGUCUCAUUGUUCGUCAAGGCCUGUCUUCACGCACCUAUGAUUCACAGCAGUCACCUUACCGCACGCACACCAAUCAACAAAAGGACGAUUUCUAUCACGCCCCAGCCAUCCAGCCUGACUGGCAGAUCACACAGUCCGGUCUCAAGGUUCCUGUGUCUACGUCGCACAAUGAAGAUGAGACCAACAUGCAGGCAACUGAGCCCUACAGCCCUAUUGACAACACAAGAAUGGCGACCGUCGCUUCAGGAGACACAGAGGAUCGAACCGGUCUUGAGGGCGACGAGGACUGGCGAACUGUCACUGAUGAUCGCGAAUUUCCACCUGGCACUGUUGGCCGCGUCAUGACUGGCAGCAGCAUCGCCAAUGUCUCUGAUGCUCUCCUUGUUCAGCACAAGCGACGUACUGCAGCAGCCCCUGCUCAACGCAGGCCCUCAGCUACUAAGGCCUGGUGGGAGUCAGGCUCUCAGAUGCCAUCUUUACCUUCUCGCUCUCCCUCUCCUACCUUUCCCGCUCCGCCUGGUCGAAUCUUCCAACAGAGACAGCGAAGAAACCGAGGUUGGGAAGAGAUUGAGCUGGAACCCAUGCCCACUCCUUACAGAGACUUCUCCUGGCAACGCAUCCGUGCCGAGCGAGAGCAAGCUCAACAAGCCAUGGAGGCUACUCAAGCUGGUGGUAACGUGUACGCAAACCUACCAUUCCCCUUGAUCGCCAGAGAGGACGCUGCCAGACGUCAAGCCGUCCGCCGCGCCAGUGGUCUUGAGGACCAGACUCUCUCAGGCCGCAUCCUUUCGCCCGGCCUGCCUUUGUCCGCUCAGGGUGGCAGCAGUGCUUUUCCCCUUCAAGCUAUUCGAAAGAACUCCACACGCUCAAUGUUCUCCCGGAUUAACGACCUAAACUUUGACUGCCGCAACUUGUUGAUGCCUGAGCGCCAACAACCCUCUUCUGGGCAACCCGCUCCAGAGUACUAUUCAAACCAGUACUCUGGGCGGUCGCAGGCGGGGAGGAGCCGGGCCUCCACCACCACGACGGCGAGGCAGGUGGCUGCGAUCAGCCAACAGGCUGCGGUCGAGGCUCUCGCCAUCGACCGGUCGGCGGGCCGGAGGGCCUCGCCUCACCUCUACUCAGCAGAGGUGAUGGCUAGGUACCGUGCCAUGCAGGCCGUCCGACAAAUCGGCGGCCAAGGCACGGAUUCCGAGCUCGCUGACAUGGCGGCGACCGUCGGAGACCUCCCUCUCUCGGGGGUGGCGGCUCGCCGCCAGAGGGCCUUCUACAUCGCGGCCAUGGUGGCCACCUGCCUGUUUCCCUUCGUGGGAUUCGCCCUCCUCGCCUGCUCGGCGGACAAGUUGUUGGCGGGUGUGACCCGUGGAGAGUGCUCCGGCCUCUCCUUCCACCAACGGCGCAACCUGCGCAUCGUGCUGCUUGUCGGCUGUGGUGUGUGGGUUGUGUCGUUCGUGGCGGGUCUGAUCACCCUCCUCGCCCUCCGCAACUAA